GGAAGAGGAGCUGCUCUUUCUGCUGGGUUUAUCUUAUUAAUAAAAACCUGCUUAAUUAGCUUACACACACACACACACACACACACACACACACAGCAGACUGAAGUUAACCAGCUGUCAUUUGGACGUCUUUCUGCUGAGACGCAGCAUGUGGGAGGAGAGCUUCGACACAGAGCAUGAGGUUGGUGGCAAGCUAGACUACUCGCCGGUGUCCUGGCGGGAGUAUUUUGACCAGAUGGAGGAUGUGAACGUGGGGCUGGCCGACAGCAGGGACGUGUUCAGGAUUUAUAAAGCAGGAAUUGAAGGACCACUGCUGGUUCUGCUGCAUGGAGGGGGACACUCGGCCCUGUCCUGGGCCGUCUUCACCACAGCCAUCGCCAGCAGAGUGACCUGCAGGGUACUUGCCAUGGAUCUCAGAGGUCAUGGUGCCACCCUGGUCCGCCAAUCAGACGACUUCUCAACUCAAACUAUGUCCAGCGAUGUAGCCAAUGUGAUUCAAGCCUGCUAUGGUGAGACUCCUCCCCCCAUCAUCUUGAUUGGCCAUGGCGUAGGUGGGGCGAUCGCGGUGCAUACAGCCAGCAACAUGCUGCUACCAACCACUGUGGGCCUGGUGGCCAUAGACGUCGUGGAAGGCAGUGCAAUGGAGGCACUCCACAGCAUACAGAACUUCCUGAAGGGACGACCCAAAUCCUUCAAGUCAAUGGACCACGCCAUCGAGUGGAGCGUCAAGAGUGGGCAAAUCAGGAACCUGGAAUCUGCCAGAGUCUCAAUGGUUGGUCAGAUCAAAAGAUGUGAGGUGGAUGAGGCCGACACUCUAGAGCAGGCCAGUCCGGUGACCGAUGUGGUUGUCGAGCGUAACGAAGAAUUCUAUGAUCAGAGCUAUGUCAACGACAAAGAAAAUGCUGCCUCAGAGAGUGUGUACAAGUGGCGUAUAGACCUGUCAAAGUCAGAAAAGUAUUGGGAUGGCUGGUUCAGAGGAACCUCCAACCUCUUCCUGGCUUGCAACCUGCCCAAACUCCUGCUACUGGCUGGAAUCGACCGGCUGGACAGAGAUCUGACUAUCGGCCAGAUGCAAGGUAAAUUCAUGAUGCAGGUGCUGCCCCCCUGUGGCCACGCAGUGCAAGAAGACAAACCAGACAAAGUGGCUGAAGCUGUGGCCGCCUUCCUGCUGAGACACAAGUUUGCUGAAGCCAGAAGAGAAACCAGGAGCUCCAACUCUUUCACACGAUGAGGUCUGCAGGUUUUCUAUCCGACCUGCUAAAAAGAGCUCCUGAUUCAGAGUUGACUGCUUCAACCUGUUCCUGAAGACCAGUACAGACCUUCAUUUUUACUUUCUUCUUCAUCCUUUAUGAGAAGCUGCUCAAGUCUCCAGCUUAAACCUCGAAAGCUUAGACUGAUUAUAAAUCUAACAGUAGCUAUGAGCCAUUUGUAGUGUCUGUUCUGCUCCGUUUGCUAACAAAAUACUGAAUCGAGUUACAAUAAUAAAAAUAUCAGACUACAUGAAGCCCCAAACCUCAAAGCAUACGUGCUCUGACUUUCCAACUUCGAGCUGAACAAUAGGGGGGAAAAAUGCUUUUAAAAAUAUUAAAUAUUAGGAAUGACCAAAUAAAUGUUACUCAGGGUAAGUUAAAGGAGAUACAAGUCAGAACAAUGAGAUGCUGAGUCACUAUUAGGUUACAACAUAGUUCAGUCAAAAUCAUGACUUUGUGUCAAUAGUUUCAGCAAUUAACUCAAAAAUCUGACUUUCUAAGUAAAGUCAAGAAACAGUAAAAAUACAACUGUUCAAAUAUCAGUGAGAGUUUAGACUUACUAAGACAUCACGUGUACUAGCUACCGGCUAGCUAGAAAACAAGGUUUCUGUACAAUCUUCAAAUUAACUUCACUGUAAAUUACUGAUCUGUUAAAUACCAGUCAUCUGUAAUUUAACAUGUUCUCAUAAGAUUUUCUUCCCAAAGUUAGGUGAAGAAUGACUUUUGUGAAAUAUCUGAAGGGUUGAAAUUUUAUGACAUGAGGAAAAAUACUUACAGUGACAUAACCAAUUACUGACCAUCACCAUCAACCUUGUUAGCAUUUUCCUCACAAAGGAAGGUGACUAAAAGUGUUGCUCAGACUGGAAUAAAAGCCAUAUAUGUAGACAGAUAGCGAAAAAUAAAAUCUGUGAAAUACCACUAGAAGUGUAGAGUUUAUGAGGAAGACGUUUUCGUUGUGUGAUCGUUAACACAAGGAGUGAAACGUGCUAAUGUUAGCAAAAAAUAAUGCUUUAUUUCCUAGGACACCAGUUAGUCCACCUCUGCUGAUGCCUCCAGUUAGACGUUAGCUUUAGUUUUCAUUUUAAAUAGUUGAUGAUAAAAAUGAAUUUUGAAUGAAUUUUCUAUUUGUCUGUGUUUAAGACAUUCAUGGACGUACCUGUUGUUUACAUACAGUGUGUAGCAUUAGCACCUAUCAGCGGUAUCAUUAGACAAAUGUUUGUUGUUCAGUAUAAAGUUCACUGUGAUUCAUCUCGGUGUCUUUUUUGUGUCUUUAAUUUAACAUUAGUGAUAUGAGCAAUGUGUUUCUUGUUUUGUUUAGAGUAAGAAAAUAUUGGUAGUUGGCAUCCAAACAUAAACCACAAUAAACAAACAGUUUGUGCCACCUUCGGAAAAGUACUUUUUUAAUUAUGAGAUAAAGAUAAAUCCGAGUUCCGCAUUUUAUGAGAUAAAUAUUCCAAUAUGAUAGUGAAUCCUUUUGAUUCUCCUUGACUGAUUCAAAAGGAUGCCCAUUAAUCAGUCAUUGUAUUCUUCACAUAUAAAUAACUUUGUUGUAAAUGUCAACAAACACAACAGCAAAGC